CUCGUGAAGCGUUAAGAUGGAGGGUCGCCAUUUUUUGACUUGACUUUGUAGGUUGUUUUCGGCUAAAAUGUGAGCUUUUUCUCCGUAAUUUUUUGCAUGGAGAUUUUCACAUUGUUGGCCUAUAUCAUGUUUUCUUUGGAACGUCUCUAGCUGAUUCAUGGCCGAGGGAGUCGACAAUGAUAUGAGCGAACAUCAACGCGGACAGGGCGCUCCGCAUGGCAAGGAGGCGGUUCGCUCUUCUGAAGUAGAGGUUGCCAUCUCGUCUACAAACUCUCAAACUAGAGUUCAAACUCGGCCUUCAUCAGUGGGAAUUAAUACGGGACCAAAUCCCGCUCACAAGAAAAAGAGUUCUUUUCAAAUUACCAGUGUCACCGAAAGCAAAAUCCCCAACCGUGGCGAUAGCAAUGGAUACGAUGGCGAACUGAACGAAAGCGAUAUAGUGGAUGAAGUCGAAGUAGAACUUGAUCCUUUUGUAGAUCCAGGAACUGCAAAUGGCAACGGUGGAUCUAGGUUCAAAGUAGUUAAAAUUCAAAGAAAUGAAUCCUUUGUACGCGGUAGAUGGAAAUGUCACGAUUAUCCUGAUGCGGAAUCUGCUCAGAAUUCUUCAGGUAGUGUUUCUGCAACGGGCUCUACUAAUAUUUCUACCCAUGUGUCGAAAGACAGCGCGGACAAAGCAGACUCUUUUUCGAGCACAAAGAUUAGCAAUGUAAGCAAUUCUGUUGGAAAUCACCCUACGAGUGAAACGGACUCUCAUUCGUUAGAUUCUCAAACUCAUGGCUCUGUGGUGAAAUUUACAACGCAAGUAAAUGAACAGAAUUCCAGUUCGGGUGAAGCGGUUGUGGCAGUCAAAAAGAAGGAUUCGGAACCGAGGAUAGGGGCGCCUAGCGAAUUUGCAAAACAUAGUGAUAUUUCAAUAGCCAGAGUUUCAUCUACAGCGUUGGAUACUUCAGACAGAGCAUCGCCAUCGCUUGAAGGAGCGCAGCCGAUCGCUGCCGUCGCCGCAAGUGUGGGAGAGGCGGAGUUACCUAUUGUUAAUAAAAUUGCCUCAGCAAUGGAACAAAUUACUCAGAUCAAGUCAGACCUCUUAAGUGUUGUGAAUAAAGAAGUGCAGACAUUAAAAGAAACAAUAUCUAAACUUACUGAGGAGAAUCAAGAACUUAAGCAAGAAAAUGAAAAAUUACGGAACUUGGUAGUAAACAGGAAAACAUCAACAUAAUGAUAACAACAACAGACUCCACCUAAAUCAAUGAGUCGUGCACUUUGGACAACACCAGACUUGACAGUUAAAGAGGCCAAGUAAGCAUUUCACAGCGUCAUGUUCUAGCUCACUCCUGGAUUGUACCAAGAUGUUUUAGCGGUUUGCUUUUUCCAAGUUGGGUUUAAGCUAAUGCAAGAUCCUUCCAGUACUGAAUUGUCCUAUAUCAUGUCAGCAUGUCAGAAUGGUCCAACUGAAGACUUGAUACAGAAUGCUAGAGCUUUGAUCAUCAAAAGCCAAGUGCUAGUAAUUUUCCACACAGUGUUUACUAAAUUUGCAAAGGUUUUGGCUUCUUGGGGUCAAGUCUGAUUACCUCUGAAGAGUGAGUAACCCUUGAAAAGGCUCUCCUUGAGGAAAACUAUCUUUCAAGCCAACAAGCAAAAUAAAGAAGAAAGAGUUGCCCGUUGAUUUACUAUUGCCUUAGUUUAAUAAAAGCUUGUGUGUUACUAACUGAGACAUUUGGUAAUAAUUAUUUGAAAUAAUAAUAAUUAUGAGGAAUAACAGAUUUGAGAGCUGGGCAUCUUGUGCAGCAUUGAGAAUUGUUGGUCAUUAGACUUUUGCAAAAAGUUUUCCUGUCCAUGAACACUUUGUGGAGUGUGAUAUUAAUGAAAGUGGACCAUGGAGGAAGAAAUAUACCAUAAGUAAAAAGCUUCCCGCAAAGAAACAAAACUGAAAUUGGCAAUAAUUCUGGGUAUGCUUUGAAUAGCAAGAAGUUUCAAAGAUCACUGCUUUUCUGGAGAGAAUGCAAGUUACAAACAUUUAGCUUCUUUGAUACUCAGAAGAUGGUGAACACGGAAAAUAUUUUUGAUUGUGAUUGUGUGGUAGAAAGUAGGUCAAUCAGACACGAGAAAAUUUAAUCGCUGGCAAGUAGUGCUUUUGUGGAAUUCUUGUAAGUCCUGAUCUCCAAUAUAAUGGACUUCCCACAAAAAGUAUUACAGAAAUAUUUUGGGUGUUCAUGGUUUUGUGAGUGUUACAGUUAGAGUUGAAUUUUGUGGCAAGAUUCUCCACAAGUUUUUUGGGUUUAAGAAAGUGCACUAUCAAAAAAACUGAUAUUAUCUCCCAGAGCUUUUCAACACAACAGUAAUUAGUGAAGAUGUAUUGAAAUUUAUCCUGGAUAUGUAUAAUUAGUUCAAGUUAUCAAAAGCUGCUAUUACUAUCAAUGAACAUUGUGACAUCCAUGGCCAUGACCUCACUGGAUUAGCAAUGGAACAGAGAGUCCCACAAUGGUUGUGAUAAGCUUAUAAACAUAGAUUUAUUUUUCUCUGUAAAAAAGAAAUUGAAAGUAUUGUCCUCAGAAAAAGUUGCAUUAUUUUGAGACAAGCUGAUUUACACAGAAUAAGAGGUUACAGCUACCUUAAGUUAGUAACAAAUUUGUAUUUAUUUUAAUUGGAAAAUGGUAAAGCUGUUGAAUUAACUUCGCAGGUAAGCUUAGCCUUUUUGAUUCUCACAUGUUUUCCUAAAUGUCUGUUGAGAAAAUUUUCCUCCAGUCAAAGCAUUCUCAUAUCCUUCAGGAGUCUUUGAUGCUAUCGGUACUAGGAACAAUAAAGACAAUCACGACAUUGACAUUUCAAAUUGUAA